UAAAUGACUUUUUAUCAACGCUAUAAAAAUAUUUAAGAAUUUGUUAUGAAAGUUCCUCACUCAAAAAAAGUAUGAAUUUGGAUACACCUGACCCAAGUCUUCUUCUGGGGUGACUGGAACUCAGAAGAUGCCUCUUAUCAGAUCUCAUGGUCUCCAGAGCCUUCCGUAAUUCACAGAGGGCUACAGAGAACAUGAGAUCUUGUCACAGAGGGCGACGGCACGGUCGAUCGAGGAGCUGAAAGUGGAGAGAUCUGUUUGUUUCUCUACUUGGAUUUCAAGUUUGAGAUAGAUUGAGUUUGGCGGACAAAUGAGCAUGUGACGGUAUCUAUCCAUACCCAAACACGUAUGAAAUUCCCCUUUUACCCCUCCAAACAAAAACCACAGAAGUUGAUCUUAUGAGCCGUUGAUGACUUUCCCCAUUUCCCAUUUCCCUUCGCGGCUAGAGGUUGGCGUUGCAGAUAUGCCGCAUCUGUCCACCCCUCAAAUAAAUGUUGUAGUUGUACCAAAUAAGUCGAAAAGGUUCCGCUUCUCCUUCAAAAAGAGGGAAAUAGAAAUGUAGUUUCCCAGUUGGACUUGGAUUUGGAUUUGGUGCAUUUUAGUCGGUUUGCUGCCUAUAAAUAACAGCUUAUUUGAUUACAUUGUAACAUUUAAGAAGAGAGUAAAUUAAUAACAAGGGUGUUCCAACUUCGAUGCCGAAAAGAAAGGCUGAGCAUUCUGGAUGGACAUACAGGAAACAACAAAAGAUUCCAAUCAAUUUGGGUGAUAAGGAAGAGAAUUAUUCAGAGGACGAUCAGAUCAGUCAGCUACCAGAUGCCAUUCUAAUUAGCAUUCUUUCCCUAUUGGGUAUUAGGGAAGCAGCAAGGACUUGUGUCCUCUCGAAGAGGUGGGUCUCUCUGUGGAAACAGAUUACGUGUCUCAACUUCGAUGAUAUAGAUGCAUUAUCCAAACUGCAGAAGAAAAGAAAACGAGUGAAAACAACAUCUAGUUACAAUUGGGUGAAUCAAGUCUUGCAAUUGCACCAGGGUCUAUCCUUAGAUGAAUUCCAAAUUCAUUCUUCCUCACCCGAUUCCAGUCCUAGUAGUUCUGAAAUCGACAAUUGGAUUGAAUUUGCAAUGUGGAGGAGAGUUCAAGGCCUUGAGAUAGAUUUGGAAGCAGGCAGACGGUCUCGUUUUUCUUCUCCCAGUUAUACCUUUCCAGAUAAGCCAUUUAGAAGCCCUUUUGGUAUUUCCUGCAUCAAGUCCCUUAAACACCUCUCUUUGUCCUUUGUAAAUAUAACCGGCGAACUUGUUGAACAUUUUCUAUCCUAUUGUGAACUCCUUGAGCAUCUCUGCGUUUCUUGCUCAGAUCAAUAAGUAAAUUUGAAAGUUGCUGGUUCAUCACUCCGGUUGAAGUUCCUACAAAUAAGUGAGUGUACGUCUUUAGGAUUAGUUGAGAUUUGGGCUCCUAAUCUCGUGUCAUUUAUUUAUAAGGGAAUGUUGGGUUUUUGUGACAGUAUUCGUUUGAGGCAUGCACCCUUGCUUGUUAAUGUAUCUCUUGCAGAAAGUACUAGGUCUAUAAUUGCACCUUUUCUUUCGGUUAAAAGUUGUAUUCCUCAGCUGGUGACUCUCAACUUGCACAUGAAUCUGAAUUCGAGAGGAGGGGUGUGGCUCCCAGAAUUUCCAGAAUUUACUUGUCUCAAGGACUUGUCAUUGAGUGUUAUCGCAACUGAUCGGCUAAGCCUCCUUGCUUUGACUAAAUUGAUAGAGCGGUCUCCUUUCUUGCAUGGAUUUACAUUGAAGUUAGGAUGGGCACGCGACUCGUGUAAGAGCAAUAUGCAGAAGGUUAAUAAAUGUCCUCAUCAGUGCCUUAAGGUGGUGAAAUUUUCUGGGUUCGUUGGGUCUAUUAUCGACACUGAUCUUGCCAUGUACUUCACUGAGAAUGCCGUUGCACUUGAAACGUUUAUCGUCAAUCUCAAAAAGGUUGUCGUUGAAGAAUCCGCUCUAUUGUCUGAAUUUGUUACAACCCAGAAAAAAUUGAGGGCAACAAGAAAGCGGGCCUUGCAGAUUGGAGGAAAACUACCUCCAGGAGCUGAGUUAGUUAUUGUGUGAUUUCACUUGUUUAGUCCUCUUUGCUACAGACUUUUUGCGGCAUGCAAUUUGCUACUAUUUAUUUCUGACAUUUUCCGAAAUAAUGUUUGUGUGGUGAACAAGGAUGACAGUUUUGGUACUUGAUUGAUUUCUUGCCAUAUGUAGAUUCUUGAAUGAGUUGGAGUUGGAGACAAAAUGAGAAAGGACAUGUCAUUUGCAUGGUGUUGUUUUCCUUUUUCUAUAUGUAUUUUGAAACCUCGACACUUACCUGUGUA